AUGCCCCCCUCCCUGCAAGACAUCUACACCACCCACCGUACCCUCAAAGCCCUCACAAUCAUGAGCGAUGCGAUGCACCCAGCACAGAACCUGAUGAGCCUCCUGCCCUCUGCCUUGUCCCUGACUUGUCACCAAUGUAUCUCUGAUGGCGAUGGAGCACCAUGUACGGACAGCAAAAUGAACUGCUCGACCCAGUGUGGGAGUUUGAGGGUGGUCACCUAUGCUGGUGGUCAAAUGGUGCACGACAUGUCUAUGAAAAGCUGUGUGCUCCCACAGCAAUGCAUCACUGGCUCUUUUAAUGUGGGACUAAUGAAGAUGGUCAUCAACAGCAAAUGCUGCAAAACUGACAACUGUAAUGCACAAGACGCUCCAGCGACCACUGGUGAUGAGAAUGGGAAGGAAUGUUACACGUGCACCGGUCCCUCCUGCACAAGCAAAAUGAAAUGUGAAGGAGAAGAGGAAAACUGCAUAUCUGCAAGUUUCCCUGCCGGUGACCAGAAAAUGGCGGUGAAGGGCUGUGCGUCUAAGAGUUUGUGUGCUGGGGAGCUGGCUGAGCAGCUGGGUGGAGCCUUGGAAGACAUUACCUGUUGCCAGGGGAACGUGUGCAAUGGAGCUGGCGACAGUGGCCCAAGUCCCCCGAUUGCAGAAGGAGGUGUGGCGGAGAUCGAGAGUUGUGCUGCCAUCACCAUCAUCUUGUCUGUAGUCAUUUCCCUGCUCUUCCACUAACAGUCAAUGCCAUUUCCAAACACUUACAUUAUGUCA